AUGCAGAGAUGCGUGAUUCUACAAUCCACAGGGAUGGCUCCAGGACGUCCAGAAGAAAGUGAGCGCAGGCCUGUUAUCAUCGGAGGUGGUGGCCGCAGACCGGGCAGUUCAGGAAGCUUGCCCUCGGCGCCGAGUGCUGCCAGGCUACGAGUGGAUGAUCUUAGUCCAACUACACCCCAGCAGGCGGAGAUGCAGGAGGAUGACCUGACCACACGGACGCUGAAUCAAGUUCUCGACCCUUUCCUGGAUGGGGAAAGAACUUGCUCAACGAGGGAACAACAAGUCCUCUUGCUACAACGUUUUCUGAAGGCUGUCCCGGAUCCCUUGAAGAGAUGGAACGGGCCUACUGGUCCUUUGAUAGCUGUUUCACGGGCAGGACGUGCAGACUUGGCAAGACUAUUGCUACGCUCAAGUGCGAGUGCCAAUGAUUCUGAUGCAAAAGGCGUCACAGCCUUGCACAUCGCAGUCUUUGAUGGGAAUGCUGAGCUUUGCAAGGUCCUCCUCAACUCAAAGGCGGAUGUGGAUGCAGCAGACCGACAUAGACAGACACCUUUGUUCUUUGCGCCUUCCAAGGAAAUUUGCCGCUUGCUCGUGGAACGCAGGGCAGAGGCCGGCGUCCUGAACCGGAAGGGGCAGAGUGCUUUGCAUUUGGCUGGGCGCGCUGGCUUUCAUGAUGUUCUGAGUUGGCUUUCCUCCCGGGUUGGCAAACCGAUAGUUGAACUUCGUGACCACCAUGGCAACACUGCGCAAAUGUAUGUCCAACAGGCGCUAGCUGCAAGUCUUGCUCAAGCGCCUCAUGGUGAGGAUCAGGUUGGAGCAACUGUCGUGGAGGCUGCCGGCAACGCUCCUGAAUUCUUCGCUACAGUAGCCCGCUGUUUGAGGCUCCUGCUGGUGAGCCACAGCCAUCAGCCGUGCAUGCAGUUGGAACUGCACAAGCUGCGCAUCAAGAGUUCAACAUCUUCCAGGAGCCAGAAGAAUAUUCGAUUGCCACAGGAACCAAUACAACACCCCUUGCAAGGCAUCGUGGGGAAGACGAUUGCCAUGGAAGCUUGGAGCAAUCUGGCGAAGGUAUUUCCGCAGUUUCCUUUGAUAAGAUCGCGGCCGCUGCUGCUCCUGCAACAACUUGGGCAGCAGAUGGCAUGA